GCAAACGUCCCAGCCUCGGACUACUUACACAGUCCCCUUAACCGUGCUCGCCCGUUUUCACACACCUCCGAAAUUGCUGAAAUUGUGACAUUCAAUUAAGUUUCAUUGACGAAAUUACAAAGAAUCUUUGAACAUGACAGACGAACCCGAAUGCACGCUGCGCCGCCGUAGGUUAUCAGGGAACCCCAACCUGCCCCUAAACCUAGAAAUGGGGUACCACGUCAACGAGGGCGGCCCAGCUGAAGGAACCCCAUCUCCUAGCAAGUACCCGCCCAGUGUCAGGAGAAUGUCAUCUUCUGCGCUCCACGACUUCAAAAAUAAACAGCAGUCUUUUGAUAUACAGAUAGAGGAAUGUGAGGAAGAAGAGAUAUUCUUAGAAAGCGACGAUGAAGAAGGCCCCGAGGAAGGUGAAGCAUCAGGAGAGAAUCGUCCUGUCACUCCCACGCCCAUUCAGGACUUUAGUGCGAACACCGUGUACACGGAAGGUCCCCAAACAACCGACUUUUUGAAGGUCAAAACGCUAGAACAGGAUUGUUACACGGACGUGUCAGAUGCGGAUACAGAGGAAGAAGAAUAAACUAAAUACCAAAAUAUUCGUGAGUCAUCCACACAUAACCACUGUUGGAGAUAGUCUAUAUAAAUUAUUUAUUUAAUUACAUAAUUUAAUAAAGAAAUUAUCCGUUA